GAGUCGCAGUCGCUGCUGUGGGAGCGCCUGGUGGGGCUGGGCCGCCCCUUUUCCGCCUACCUGCUGCCGCUCAUGAAGGAGUACUUUCCUCAGCUGCCGGAGGAUAAGGGUGCAGAGGAUCUGUAUGCCGCGCUGAACAUCGUCAAGGUGCCCUCCAUGAUUCGUGUUGAGUCAGAUGAGGUGACCUACCCACUGCACAUCAUCAUCAGGUAUGAGCUGGAGAAGGCGCUGGUGGAGGGGAGCAUCCAGGUGGCCGACCUGCCGCAGCUGUGGAACCAGAAGAUGAACGAGUAUCUGGGGUGCGAGCCCGAGAGCGACGCGCGCGGCGUGCUGCAGGACGUGCACUGGUCUGCGGGGCUGUUCGGGUACUUCCCCACCUACAGCCUGGGCGCCAUGUAUGCCACCCAGAUCUUCAAGGCGGCGGAGGCGGAGCUGCCGGGCCUGGCUGACGACAUCGCGGGCGGCAGGUUUGAGCGCCUGCGGCUGUGGCUCAAGGAGAAGAUCCACAAGGUCGGCUCGCUGCACACCAGCGGCGAUGAGCUGAUGAAAGCGGUGACGGGGGCGCCGCUGGACCCCCAGGUGUUCCUGGCAUACAUCAAGGACAAGUACUCGGAGCUGUACCGCCUGUGAAGGUGGGAGGGAAGCGAACCGAAUGGCAGAGGUAGGCGGGUGCCACCGUCGCCCGCUGCGUAAGAGGCACCUCGCCUCGCGUCCAAGCGUCGGUUGUGCACUGAUCAGUCAUUGGUGUAAGUUGGAAGUCUCUCUCGGGAGUUGCCAUGGAAGGUAUACCACGGCACCCUCCGGGUCGAAUGCCCGCACUUGUGCAAGUAUCGGUGGCUGCCGGCGGCCGUUGCACUCCCUGUGACGCCGCCAACUGGCCAGCUGGUACUGCCGGUGAUGUUGGCAUUGGCAUUGUGCAACCCAUCAUUCAUUCACAGAGAGCAUCCCAGACCCGAAUUUCGGCUCGGGAAACAUCCGCAACUGGGCUUGCCGCGUCCCCAAUUCUGGCGCGCCACCUGUCAAUUAUUUUGUAGUAAUCAAUGAAAGGACUGUUUGAAGUCCAACGUCGCCGCCUCCCCAGAAGCGAGCUGUGCACCUGUUUCCUCUCUGUCAACUACCACCAUGACGACCACACCACACCAAGUCGCGGACCCAGUUCCAGAGGGCGCCCCACUGGAGGAGUCGCUGAGCUACCUAGCCCUGGUGUCGCCGCGGUCACGGGGUCGCAAGCUGGCGCAGCGGGCGGACUCCAAGGUGCUGCAGGCCCGCAGCGCCAGCCUGGAGCGCGCCUUCAGCGACACCAAGCGCCAGUCGGCAGACGGCGGGCUGGUGCCCCGCCCUUGCACGCUGGGCAGGUUUCUGGCGGGACGGCUGGCGGAUGUAGGGGUGAAGCACUGGUUUGGUGUGCCGGGCGACUUCAACUUGGCUCUGCUGGAUGAGCUGCUGGGCGAGCGGCGCCUGAAAAUGAUUUCGUGCUGCAACGAGCUGAACGCCGGGUAUGCCGCCGACGGGUACGGCCGGGCCAACGGCAUCGCCUGCCUGGUGGCCACGUUCAGCGUGGGCGGCCUGAGCGCCAUCAAUGCCGUGGCUGGGGCCUACAGCGAGAAUGUGCCGGUGGUUGUGGUGGUGGGGGCGCCUCCCACCACCGCCUGGAACAGCAACCGGGUGGUGCACCACACGCUGGGCCACGGCGGCGACCUUAACUUCGAGCUGGAGUGCUACCGCCAGGUCACCUGCUACCAGUGUGUGCUGCGGGAUGCGGAGAGCGCGUACGACCAGAUUAACCGGGCCAUCCUGGCGGCCUGCGAGCACCGUAAGCCCGUCUACAUCAGCGUGCCCGCCAACCUGGCCACCCUGGCGCACCCCGCCUUUGCCCAGGAGCCCGCGCCGCUGGUCAUCCCGCCGCCCGUGUCGGCGGCAGCCAACCUGGAGACCGCCGUCUCGCGGGCCGCCGCAUUCCUGAACAAGGCGAUCAAGCCUGUGCUCGUGUGUGGCGCUCACAUGCGCAGCGCCCGCGCCCGCUCCGCCAUGAUCGCCCUGGCUGAGGCCUCUGGGUACCCAGUGGCUGUGAUGGUGAACAGCAAGGGCCUGUUCCCGGAAGACCAUCCCAACUACAUCGGCCUGUUCUGGGCAUCCAUCUCCACGCCCUACACAGGGGAGGUGGUGGUCUCCUCUGACGCACACCUCUUUGCCGGCCCGAUCUUCAACGACCUCUCCACCGCCGGCUUCUCCCUGAUGAUCGACCCCGCCGCCACCAUCGAUGUGGGUCCCGACACAGUGACGGUCGGUACCGCCGGCUUCUUCGGCCAGGUGCAGCUGGAAGACUUCCUGGAGGCGCUGAUCCCCAAGGUGAGGCGCAACUCUGCACUGCUGGACAAGUACCGCACGAUGUACAUCCCACCUGGCGUGCCGCCGCAGCUUCCGCCCGGCACCCCGCUGCUGCUCAACCGCGUGUACAAGCAGAUCCAGGUCACCCUGAGCUCCUCCCACACCAUCGUGGUGGAUGCCGGCGACAGCUGGUUCAACGCGGUGAAGCUGCGGCUGCCGCCGGGGGCCGGCUGGGAGAUCCAGUCCCAGUACGCCUCCAUCGGGUGGAGCCUGGGCGCCACGCUGGGCUACACGCUGGGCGCACCCACCAAGCGGGUGGUCAACAUCAUCGGCGACGGCGCCUUCCAGAUGACUGCCCAGGAGCUGUCCACCAUCAUCCGGUACCGCCUCUCCCCCAUCAUCAUGAUCAUGAACAACGCCUCGUAUGGCAUCGAGGUUGAGAUCCACGAUGGGCCCUACAAUGAGCUCAACUCCUGGGACUACAAAAGCCUGGCGCUGGCGCUCGACAACGGCGGCGGCCGCGUGCAUGCUGUGCAGGUUCGCACCGAGGAGGAGUGUGCGGCGGCGAUGCAGGCGGCACAGGGCAUGCAGGACAAGGCUGUGGUGAUCGAGUGUGUGCUUGAUAAAGAUGACUGCAGCGUGGAGCUGCUGCAGCUGGGUAAGACGCUGCAAAACUCCAACAAAAAGGCGUGA